CCCGCUCAGCCACUUCCGGGGCCGCCGGAGCCGCAUUCUCUGGCUGUCACCAUGAUCCGCCGGGAGGAGGAGGAAGACCGGGAGCUGAGGAUCCUCGCCGGCCUGAAGGAGCAGGCCAUUGAGAAAUAUGAAGAACUUAAAACAGAAAAUGAGAAAACGAGAGAUGAGUUUGAUAAGGUCAGAGAGGAACGAGAUGAGGCCGUCAGGAAGCUGGAGGAAUUCAGUAAAAUCUCGCACCUGGUUAUUGAGGAGGUCGGCGUCAUGCAGGACAGUCUGGAGAUUGAGAAGACGUGCCGGGAGAGCGCCGAGGCCUUGGCGUUGAAGCUAAACAAGGAGAACAAGAACCUGAAGAGGAUCAGCAUGUUGUACAUGGCCAAGCUGGGGCCGGACACCAUCACCGAGGAGAUCAGCCUGGACGAGGACCACACCGAAGCCUGCACCUCCCUGGACUGUCAGCAGAAGCUAAGAGACCUUCAGCAUCAAAUCGUCUCUGUGCAGGAGGAGAAGACGGCCAUAUCCGCAGAGCUGGAGGAUCUCCGCUGCAAACUAGUGGACCUGAUAGAAGAGGUUAAUAUCACAAGAACAGAGAACGUCGCUCUGAGGAAAGAAGCUUUCGACCAGCGGAAACUCCUCGAAAAGUACAACCGAGUGUCUUUCUUGGCAGUGGAAGAAUAUGAAGAGCUUCAGAGCAGCCUAGAGAUGGAGAAAGAUCUCCGGGAGAAAGCGGAGUCUCUGGCACAGGAGAUGUACAUUGAGCAGAAUAAGCUGAAGAGACAGAGCUGCCUUCUGCUGCAGACCAUCGCUCCCGACGAACAGCUGCUGAAGGUUCUGGAUGAGAACGCGAGGUUAGCGCAUAUACUGGAAGAGGCGGAGAUCCAGCAUCAGCUGAAGGUGAAGGAGCUGGAGGAUCAGUUGCAGGAGGCGAAGCUGCGGAAGGAGGUUCAGAGCUUGAAGAAACAACUGGAGAUCUUAGAAGAGGAGAAGAAGGAUCUGGAGAGCAGGUUACGGAGCUCGGAGUCGGCAGUCAGGGACCUCAAGCACUCUGUGGAAGAACUUCAGAAGCGCGUCCAUCAAGCGGAGAAAGCGGCUCCUCCCCCUCCUCCACCGCCGCCGCCGCCCCCUGUACCACCGCCACCACCGCCACCACCAAACCCCAUCCGGUCUCUCAUGUCUAUUAUCCGGAAGAAGCCCUUGGCGACAGCCGCCGCAGUGAAGCAGGGAAGCGCGACGCAGGGGGACAGCGCAGGAAAUGUGGGUAACCUGAAGCAGCAGGCCGUGGAUGAGAUGAUGGACCGAAUCAAGAAGGGCGUCCACCUGAGGCCGGUGCAGCAGACCGUGCGAGUCAAGCCACAGGUAACUCCUCCAGAGCCCCCCAUGGCCUCAGCGGCGCCCCCUACUACAAGUGUGGAAGACGCCUCAGUGGUGAAGUCUCACAGCGCGGUUCAGGAGCUGCGGGGGAUUCUGGAUUCCUUUGGCCCCGCCCCCAGCAAGAAGAGACUUGGCGCCAUGGCCACAGCCUCCACGGAAAGUGAACUGGAAAGAAUUUUACGGCGCCGCAAAGUGACAUCUGAACAAGACUCAUCCGCAGGGACCCUCAGCGCCCUCGAAUCCAAAUCGCUGCCCGUCCUGGGUUCCGCCAUGAGCCAGAAGCCCCAGGUCCCAGAUAGUGGAGAUGGAAGACGUGUCGAGGAGGGGCAGCCGCUGCUCUUGGACAAGCGGCUCCAGACGAAGAUGGCGUCUCACUUUGCAGAGACUUUGGGAUAUGCAGGAGAUGGAAAGAAACCAGACCAGACACAAAGUUCCUUGAACCUUCGGCCCCCAGAAGUAGGCGACAAAGGCACCGCCAAGAACGUGGACCCUGGCGCCAAGAGAGGGAAGGAUGUGGAUAGUUCUCAGUGCUAGUACUUACAGAGGCCCCUGAGCCCUCCCAGGACCACUGAUGACCUCACAAGCACAAUACACUGCGCAGCCACCACUAUAUGCAGCCGGACCCCGGUAGACGGGCUCUGGGAUUUGUGUGGGCCGCAUGGUAGGAGCGUGUGUCCUCCACUAGUCAGAAGUCGCCUCAAUAUCAGCGGCAAAUUUAAAAAACCGGUGGCAGCUGAGGACCGAUGUAUAACCCGGGGGCAAAACUUCCCAAAGAAUCCGGCCGAUUCCCAGGUGGUUUUAUAGCGCACCUUAGCCUGUGCUCGCGGUCUUCCCGUUGUCCGCAUAGCGGUG